UGUUCAGGUUUUGUAGAUGCUGGAUCACCUACUCUUGGAUCCAGUCGGUCAUGGAAGUCCAUGGAAAUGGAAAUCCAAUCUCUGCUUGAGAAGCUAUUGGAUACAAAUGAUGCUAUGAGUAGGUGUGCCGCAUCUGCAGCACAAACUACUUCGGUAACGCAGAAGCUGGCAAGGCAUAGAGACAUACUGCACGAGUUUACUCAGGAGUUUAGACGGAUCAAAGGAAAUAUAAAUUCAAUGAGGGAACAUGCAGAGCUUCUGAGUUUUGUUAGGGAUGAUAUCAAUGAAUAUAAGGCAUCCAGAAGUAUGUCUCCAAAAAAGCAGUUACUACGAGAACGAGCUGCCAUCCAUGGAAGUAUAGCUCACGUGAGAUUAAUGUUAUUUAUUUAUUUACUAUGUAUCAUGUUACAUGCUUUUUGGAAGACAAUUUCUACUUUUCUCUUUUCCAUUUACUUGAUUUUAGGAGAGGGUGUUGAGUUAGAUGCUUUACAAUGAAUUAAGCAGAAGAAUAAAUUAAUAAAAACAAUAUUACUCUAAUUUAGAUGUUUUUCCAUGUACCAUGUUUGCUUGUUAGUAUUAAUUUCCUUAGAUCCUUGGGAACUUGGGAUCUUUUGCACUUCCCCUUCUUUUUUUUCCUUUUUUCUUUUUCUUAUGUUUGUUGGUGAAAAUGUUUUGCACUUCCUUUCCCUCAAGUCAAUUGCCGAAAACAACAAUAUUCCCCAUUAGCUUUCUUGGCAAGAGAAGAAUGGAGGAGGGGUUGUAGAUUCGUGAAGGUCCAGUACGUUGGUAAGGACAAGCUUUCGGGUCUCUCUUUUCCUUGUAGAGAAGGAAUACACACACACUUAAUUAAAAUUAUGCCUAUGCCAAUGUUGUUAAAGAUAAAUUUUUUUGUAUUUCCCUAUACAAAUUAAAAAAAAAAAUACAAUUAAUAUACUUUUAAUAUACAUCCUCCGGC